AUGGAGUCCGCCGCUGUUCUCCGCUCCUUCCACUGUUCUGCACGCACUGCUUCCAAUGUGUGGCCUGUGCUUCAGAGACCAGGCAUGGCGCCCAUGUCUAAUGCAUCCUGGCCCAACUCAAGUGAGUCACCUAUACAAGGCUUGACAUUUGGUGGGAAGCUUGUUUCUUUGCUGGCAAAACGAGAUCCUGUGUUGGUGUCUUGCGUAAAGACAUCUGAAACUGCUUCGACAGCUAAGUCAAAUGUAUAUAACUGUAUAAUAUUUCUGAGCAUUUUACCUGGCUUUUUGAUCCCCAAAUUUGGUAAUCGUAAUGGACCUGUUUCAUCAGAUAGACAACCAGAAGGAUCAGUGGAGAAAAGUUCUGCACGAAAUGGGACAUUUCCCAAUGGAUUUGAGGUAAUUUAUCUCUAUGAAGCUCAUUUUAUUUGGUGCAUCCCCUCUGGACUUUAUAUGUUAUUUGUGGACUUUGCAUCAAUGGUGGACCCUAUGCAGACACUAACCAUGAUUCCACCACUUUUCAUAUAUGCCUCCAAAUUUUACUCUGUACUAACUGUCAUGAAGAGAUACAUUUGGGCAGAAUAG